CGCUUCACACACCUUUCCCUUUCCGCCCCACUGGCCACUCGAAUGCGCCAAAGCCUCUGCCCUCUGCCACGCACAGGUUCGAAAGCGAUGAUGAUGGUGGAGAGAUAGCCAUAAUUGCCACCACCCGCCUCCUCUUCCACUCCGGAAAAGCAUGCAUAUAGAAAGGGUGAGGGUGAGUUCGUCACUCUCUUCCGCUCGGGAGCAGAGAUGGCCGCGCCACUUCUCCUCGUCGUCUUCCUUCUCGUCCUCUUCCUCUCAUCGUCGGCGGCUCAGAUGCCUGGUUUUAUAAGUUUGGACUGUGGGGGUACAGAUGAAUAUACAGAUGAUAUUGGACUUGAGUGGACUCCGGACAGUAACAUUAUACAUGGACAAACUGCCAGCAUAUCCAUCCCUGGUGAGAGCCGGAAGCAAUAUAUGAAAGUGCGAUAUUUUCCGGCAGAUAGCAGUAAGUACUGUUAUACAUUGAGUGUCAAGUCGAGGACCCGCUACCUAGUAAGAGCAACUUUCUUGUAUGGGAACUUUGAUAGAAGUAAUGUUUACCCAAAGUUCGAUAUCUUUCUUGGGGCAACGUAUUGGUCCACCAUUGUGAUAUCAGAUGCAGCAACCAUAGAAGUUCAAGAGCUGGUUUUAUUGACCUCUUCUCCCACAGUUAGUGUUUGCUUAUCUAAUGCUAGUACUGGGCAACCAUUUAUCUCCACACUCGAACUUCGUCAAUUUAAUGGAUCACUAUAUUAUACAAUAUACGAAACUCAAUUCUUUCUCAAACUGUCGGCGAGAAUAAAUUUUGGCGCAGAGAGUACCGAUUCAGUAAGGUUUCCCGAUGACCCAUUUGAUAGAAUAUGGGAAUCAGAUGCUAAAAGGAGAGCAAAUUACCUUGUCGAUGUUGCUCCUGGAACUGAAAGAGUAUCAACUACAAUGCCGAUAGACGUUAGUACUUUUGAAAUGCCGCCUGAAAAAGUGAUGCAGACAGCUGUGGUGGGUCAAAAUGGAUCCUUGACUUACCGUCUUGACUUAGAUGGUUUUCCAGGAUAUGGUUGGGCAUUUUCAUAUUUUGCAGAAAUUGAAGAACUCAGUCCAAAUGAGACCAGAAAAUUUAAGCUAGUAGUCCCAGGCAUGCCAGCAUAUAGUAAACCCACUGUCAAUGUUCAAGAGAAUGCUCAAGGGAAGUAUCGGCUCUACGAACCUGGGUACACCAAUGUUUCCCUUCCGUUUGUCUUUUCCUUUGGGUUUAAGAAAACAAAUGAUUCAUCCAGAGGGCCAAUCUUGAAUGCGCUGGAGAUCUAUGUGUACCUGCAGAUAAAUUAUGGAUCUCAAGAUGCAAUUGUCAUGGCCAGUUUGGUUUCACACUACCCGCUGUCUGAUUGGGCACAAGAAGGUGGUGAUCCAUGUCUACCAGCAUCAUGGUCUUGGGUGCAGUGUAGUACAGAUCCACAACCGAGGAUAAUUUCCAUUUUCUUGUCUGGAAAGAACUUGACAGGAGAUAUUCCAACAGAAUUGUCGAAGUUAGCAGGCUUGGUUGAAAUACAUCUUGAUGGGAAUUCACUUACUGGACUAAUACCUGAUUUUAGUCGAAGUGUAAAUCUGAAUAAGAUCCACCUCGAGAACAAUGAAUUAACUGGUCCACUGCCUUCUUAUCUAGCAAACCUACCAAGUCUAAAGGAACUGUAUGUGCAGAAUAAUCAUCUGAUUGGAGUAAUACCAAAGGGGCUUCUCAAUAAAAACAUCAUCCUCAACUACUCCGGAAACAAAGGCCUCCACAAGGAAAGCAAAGACUUGUAUCAUGUCAUAAUUAUUGUUUUUUCUGUACUGGGAGCUUGUUUGUUCCUUCUGAGUAUUAUAAUAUGCUGCUUGUUUUUGCGCAAAACAAGGAAAAAUCUUCCGAAAGAUGAUGUGCCAAAUGUCCAACCUGCUCAGAAGUUGGGUACUUUCUUCAGUGAAGUUUCUGCAGAAACAGCCCAUCGAUAUACAUUGUCUGAAAUUGAAGAUGCCACUGGCAAAUUUGAAAGACGAAUUGGUUCUGGAGGAUUUGGAAUAGUUUAUUAUGGAAAAAUGGUAGAUGGAAAAGAAAUCGCAGUCAAAGUUCUUACUAAUGACUCCUACCAGGGAAUCCGGGAGUUUUUAAAUGAGGUCACAUUGCUUUCUAGAAUUCAUCACAGGAACCUGGUAACUUUUCUUGGGUACAGUCAACAGGAUGGAAGAAACAUUCUUGUCUAUGAAUUUAUGCAAAAUGGAACUCUGAAGGAGCAUCUUCGUGGACCUUUGGCUCAUGAACGGAAUCUCGGUUGGAUCAAUCGCUUAGAAAUAGCAGAAGAUGCUGCAAAAGGAAUCGAGUACCUCCAUACAGGCUGCUUUCCGACCAUUAUACAUAGAGAUCUCAAGAGCAGCAACAUUCUGCUUGACAAGCACAUGAGAGCAAAGGUUGCAGAUUUCGGUCUCUCCAAACCUGCAGUAGAUGGUUCCCAUAUCUCAAGCAUAGUUCGAGGAACAGUGGGAUACCUUGACCCUGAAUACUAUACCUCACAGCAACUAACAGAGAAGAGCGAUGUUUACAGUUUUGGCGUAAUUCUUCUUGAGCUGAUCUCAGGGCAAGAGCCAAUUUCCAGUGAAAGUUUUGGCCUGAACUGCCGUAACAUUGUUGCAUGGGCAAAGUCACACGUGGAGAGUGGUAACAUCGAGGCCAUCAUCGAUCCCUCAUUGCGGGAUGAUUACAACGUGCAGUCUGUGUGGAAAAUUGCAGAGAUCUCCAUCAUGUGUGUCAAUCCUCAUGGAUCACAAAGACCAUCAAUAACGGAGGUUCUCAAGGAGAUCCAGGGGGCCAUAGAAGUAGAACGAGGGUCAAGGCUGGGUGGAGAUCACACCAUGGGGCCACAGUCGAAGAACUCUACGGAUCAUUCUAUGAACUCGAAUGCCGGGGAGUUGGCUACUCCAGAGCAGAAUGUAACUUUCCCAGAGUUCUUUCUGGGACCAGGGCUCCGGUAACUGUUGAACACUUUGGACAUUAUACUACCACACAAGAAAGAACAUUGACAAGAGGAAGCUGGAAAUGGAUAUACACUUGUGUAAACAUGUCAAUUUCUGGUUAUUUUCCCGAAAACUACAGCAGCUUAAAACCUUGUAGCCAUUUCAGCAUUAGACACUGUUGACUGGCUUCAGUGCCAACAGCUGCUGUUUCCUGUUGACUGAUAGAAAACAAGCAAGCUCUAUAUAUGAUAUAAGAACGGUUUGAGUUCA